UCCAUCUGAGCUGAGGGGCACACAGGGGGCAAAGGGGGAAAAAAGGGAGAGCAUGUUGGUGCGUCAUCUUGUUUACGUGAUGGGGAUUCCCUUCCGACGGGGUAGUCCUUCUGCACUUGAUUAUGGGGACAGCUGGUGCACAUCCCAGUUAAGGAUCAUCCUUCUUGGAGGCAGAAACUCCGGUAAGAGCACUGUAGGGAACCUAAUCCUCGGCCAUGAGGAGUUUGCCACCAAAGAGAGGACUUCAUGCUCCCACAGGCUGGGUGUGGUGGGGGGACGCUGGCUGACUGUGGUGGACACCCCUGGUUGGUGGUGUGACUUUAGCAUUCGGGAUACUCCUGAGCUAAUUAAGAGGGAGCUCAUCAGGAGCGUGUCUUUAUCCUCUCCAGGCCCACAUGUAUUCCUUAUUGUCAUCAAGGCGAGCUCGGCCUUCUCAGAGAGACGCCGCAGGGCUGUGGAGGAGCACGUGAGCCUGCUGGGUGAGGACGUGUGGAGCCACUGCAUGGUGGUGUUCACCUCUGCUGACAGAUCUGAACAUAGAGAAGCAGAAAAACUUGUACAGAUGGGGGGAGAAGCUCUCCGCUGGCUUAGUGAAAAGUGCAGUCACAGGUGCCAAAGUGUGGACUUAACUGAUGAUGCUGGAGCUACCAAACUGCUGGAGAAGAUACAGGAAGUUGUCACAGGAAAUGGAAACAGAGUGUUUGAAAUGGAGGAAAAGAUUUUACUUGCAGCUGCAGAGGAGAAGAGAGGAGUGGACGAGAGGGCUCAGCGAAGGUUUAUGAGAGUGAGGACAAACAGAGCGCUUCUGAGAGAGCGGCUGCAGCCCAUCACUGAUAUCCGGAUUGUUCUGGUUGGAGCAAAGGGUUCUGGUAAAACUUCUUCACUGAACACCAUCCUGAGCAGAGAGAGUGUCCAAUCACAGAGGAGGACAGCCCAGUGCCAGGCUGGAACAGGGGUCGUGUUUGGGAGACAGCUGACUGUAGUGGACACACCUGGCUGGUGGAUGAACUACUUCUGUGAUGAGACUCCGGUGUUCGACUGUAGGGAGCUGGUGCUCAGUUUGUCUCUUUGCCCUCCAGGGCCUCACGUCUUCCUGCUGGUGAUCCGUGUGGACCGAGCCUUCACAGAAACCUACAGCAGAGCAGUGGAGGAGCACCUCCAGCUGAUCGACCAGCACAUCUGGAGUCGUGUCAUGGUGCUGUUCAGUUUUGGAGAUUGGCUUGGAGGCACGACCACAGAGCAGUGUAUUGAAAGUGAAGGGGAGCCUCUGCAGAGGCUGGUGGAAAGAUGUGGAAACAGGUAUCAUGUUCUGAAUAAUAAAACCAAAGGGGAUGGAUUUCAAGUCAGAGAACUUAUCAGGAAGAUUGAAGAAAUGUUGGCUGGUUGCAAGGACGGCCAACAUUGUGAAAUAGAGGGGAAAGUGAUGGAGCAGCUGGAGAGGAGGAGGAGGAGAGAGGAGGUGAGAGCCAAAGAGAGAGUGAGGAGGAAGGAGAAACAAAGGCAGAUGGCUAGGUCUCAGCUGGAGAAGCUGAACCAUCUCUCAGAGAUGAGAAUAGUGCUCCUUGGUGGCAGAAAAACAGGAAAAAGCUCCUGUGGAAACACCAUCCUGAGCAGAGAGUGCUUCCAAACAGAACACCAAACCACUUCCUGUUCCGAAAAACAAGCAAAAAUCAAUUACAAUCUAGUGUCAGUGUUGGAUACACCUGGCUGCUUCCCUGUGAGCUCAGACCUCCUGGUACCAUCCUGUGCCCUCCUCCUGGUUGUCAAUCUGAGCUCCUCUUUUAAAGAUUCCCACAUGGAGGCCUUGGAGGAACAGCUGGAGGCAGGAGGGGACCAGGUGUGGAGAAAAGCUUUGGUACUGUUCAGUCAUGGGGACUGGCUGGGCGAUACGAGCAUCGAGCAACGCAUAGAGAGCGAAGGAGAACCGCUGCAGAAGCUGGUGGAGAAGUGUGGGAACAGAUACCACAUCCUGGACAAUAAACACGGGAGGGAUGGAGCGCAAGUUAAAGAGCUGAUAGAGCUGAUAGAGGAGAUGCUGGCUGAAGAAAGGCUUGCUGCUCUUCACAGAGGCCACAGUCAUUUGUGGAAAGGUGUUUCUUCACCAGUAGAGGAGAAGCCAGAGACAGUGAUGCUGUGUAAAGAAGAUUCAACAAGCUGCAGAAAUCAGCUGGACCAUGAUUGGAUCCAGACAGCCUGUUCGUCACUGAACAGCCCAGAUAACGACAGUCACAUAGUGGCACUACCUUCAGUAAAACCAGGAGCCCAGACAGGACUAAACAUCCUGGGCCAAGACACCUUCAGGGCCAGUUUUGCCUCUCUCCUCUCCGGUAAAAAGGGACUGAAGUUGACUGUAAAUGUGCCAAUCUGGUUCCCUACUGAUGAGCUCCACUUGAGACUAAAUGGUGAAAGUCAAGUGCGCCUGUUUGCCUCAGGGCAUCCGAAAAUACUCCUGUCUUUACCUCAAACACAGCAAAGGACGCCUGCAGAGGAAAAUGUCCUGAGUGUGAAGUCCCUCUGUCAUCCUGCACUGAGGGAACGGACUCUCAGGAGGCUUGCUGAGUCUGGAGGUUUGCAGGCGUUGAUCGACCAGUGGGACCACGGCAGCAGCCUGGAGGAGCUGGAGGCCUUCAUUGAUGACUACUUUGAAACAGUCUGGACGCAAACUAUGGAGUCCUGUCAGCCAGCUGAGCCUGAGGAGGAUGCUGACAUGGAGGAGAUGGGUAGCAGUCAGGAAGAGGUGCUGUCAUCGAUUGACAGGAAACUGUCAAAGCUGGAGCUGCUGGAGGAGAUCAGAGCGGACAUGGCCGAGCUGAGGAAGAGUCUGGAGAACAGCAGGAAAGUCAUACAGGAACUCAAAGAGAAAAUCGAACAAGAUAACGACAAACAGGAGAAUACAGAGCAAUCAAUAUAACAUCAUGAUCUAAAUGUGGCACUUUCUUGCACAGGUUACCAUUAAGGGUUCUUUUUUGCUAUUUUUUAUGCAUGUAUUUAUGUUUUCAGAUGUUUGUUUUGUAUUUUCUUGGUGCAAAGAAUAGCCUACCCCCCUUUUCAUAAUGAUACAAAUCUCAACAAAAGACCACAAAGGAAGGUGGUCUCUUUUUUAGCUGAGAGUAUGACAACUUUAUUCAAUUUGGCCACAAGGGAGAGCUCUUGUUCAAGAAGUAGGUGGAAUGUCCUGUAGGUGUUUUUAUUUAAAAGAUGCAGUGAAGUGCUUUGUGAAAGGAAGUUGAAACAGCUUCUAACUUCACUAAAAUGAAAAAUAAAUGCUCAUUAAUUAUAUAUCCAGUUUUAUUCAGUUAUUGGUGUGUUAACCUGAAUGUCAGGUACAU